UCGUAACAUGAUGGGCCUUACAGCAAGCCUGUAAGCCGAUAUUGGACACAAAUCGACCCAGCUGGAGUUUGAGCUGAUUGAUGCCGAGGAGAGAGAAGAAAAAAGACAAUCAUCUGGUUAUGUGUAAUCUCUUUGAAGACUCUUAUCUCUUCUAUCCACGAAACAUUAGAGGGAAAAAAAUAAAACCAAAGAGCAGAGGAGACAGACAAAAUGAGAUAAGGAUUUGAAGCCUCUCACCUCUUUCCUUGCCUUCGCUUCGAGCUUAUUUGUCGUCAUACUUCACUCACCUCAGCGAUUUUUCUCGCUUUAGUUUCUCUGGGAGAAUUUUCGCAUAGCAAGGCGAACUAAAAGGUGACAGUGUUUAGCCACAUUAGAGAUGGCUACGAUUACUCCUUCUUCCAUCAGCAAAGCCUGGCUCAUUCCCGGAGCUGCUUUUACUGUAAAGAAGAAUGAUUGCUCCAUCAAAUGCUGCUUCUCCCGUAAAGCUGGCAAGAAACAGAUACUUUCUUCGACUCAGAGACUCGCUCUGCCUCUUUCGACUUCACUUGGAUUGUUUCCUACUCAUGGGAGGCACUUUGUGUUGCAUCCUCACCGUAUUAGAGCCACGGGGACAGAUGUUGUGGCGGUAGAGGAACAAGAUUCUCCUCCUGUUGCGGACGAGAGCUCAAAAGGAGAAACCGAUGCAUCAUCAGAAGCAGCUCCUCCUCCUGCUGCUACUAGUACUACUACAACAUCUCAGUCAAGGGGAGCGGCAAGACCCGGAAGGAAGGUCGAAACGCCGACAGUUAAGAACGAGGAGCUUGUUGCUGGUGCUACCUUCACUGGGAAAGUACGAGCGAUUCAGCCCUUUGGAGCGUUCGUCAGCUUUGGUGCCUUCACUGAUGGAUUAGUCCAUGUCUCUCAGUUGAGUGACAACUUUGUUAAGGAUGUUGCGAGUGUUGUCACUGUUGGGCAAGAGGUGAAAGUGAGGCUACUGGAAGCUGACAUUGAAGGAAAACGUAUUUCUCUAACCAUGCGUGAGAACGACGAUCCUCCCAAAGGCCAGUCCGGUGGUGGUAGUGAUAAGCCGAGGCCCGGAGGGAAGAGGAACGCUUCGAAAGGAGGGCAGAAGAAGGAAGAUGGGUUUCACUCAAAGUUUGUGAAAGGGCAGAUGUUGGAUGGAACGGUGAAGAACUUGACGAGGUCAGGUGCGUUUAUAACGAUUGGAGAAGGCGAAGAAGGGUUUCUACCUACGAAUGAGGAAGCAGAUGAUGGGAUUGGGAGCAUGAUGAUGGGUGGUGGCUCUUCGUUGCAAGCUGGACAAGAGGUUAAGGUCCGUGUGCUGAGGAUAGCGAGGGGUCGUGUUACUCUAACGAUGAAAGAGGAAGACGACGGUAAGUUUGAUGAAACAUUCAGUCAAGGAGUUGUGCAUACAGCCACGAAUCCAUUUAUGCUUGCUUUCCGUAAAAACGAAGAGAUUGCUGCGUUUCUUGACAAGAGGGAGGAAGAGAAGCAACCUGCUGAGAAACCAGUAGAGCCGGUGAAUGAACCAGAAGUAGCUGAAGCCUCUAUCACCUCAGAUAAAGUGGAGGAAUCACUAUCUGUAUCAUCUGUAGAAACAAGUGAAGAGGCUCUCUCAUCACAGACUCCCAAGGUAGAAGAAGAAGAAGCAGUAGUAACAGAGACCACAGCUGAAGAUGCUUCGCAGGAAAAAGAAGAGCAGACGGAAACAGUUGCUGCAGCAGUUGAAGCUGAAGAGGUGGAAAAGAUUGAGGCAACACAAGAUGUUCCUCCAAUUCCAGAAACCAAAAGUGAAGAGGAAAUUCCUGAGAACUCUAUACCUCCAAGUUCACCGACCGAUGAAGUUUCAUCUUCAGAAUCUGUAGCAAGUGAGGAGCUUCAAAAGGAGGAAGUGGUGGCCGAAGCACCUGUUUCUGAAGCCGAGAUUCCCACCUCUGUUGUCACAGAAGCAUCUUCUGAGGAAAGUGGCAACACGGCUGCUGCAGAAGAAAGCAUCAAAGGGGGCAUAUCACCAGCUCUUGUGAAGCAGCUAAGAGAAGAAACCGGAGCGGGAAUGAUGGACUGCAAGAACGCUCUCUCGGAGAGCGAGGGCGAUAUGGUCAAAGCUCAGGAGUACCUUCGCAAGAAGGGACUAGCGAGCGCUGACAAGAAAGCAAGCAGAACCACAGCCGAAGGAAGAAUCGGUUCUUAUAUCCACGACAGCAGAAUCGGUGUCCUCUUGGAAGUUAACUGUGAGACGGACUUUGUCUCACGCGGCGACAUUUUCAAGGAACUUGUUGAUGAUCUUGCGAUGCAGGUGGCUGCGUGCCCUCAAGUGGAAUAUCUUGUCACAGAAGAUGUUUCCGAAGAAAUUGUGAAGAAGGAAAAAGAGAUAGAGAUGCAAAAGGAAGAUCUUUUGUCGAAACCUGAGCAGAUAAGGGAGAAGAUAGUCGAAGGUCGGAUAAAGAAGAGGCUAGAUGCACUUGCAUUGCUAGAGCAGCCAUACAUUAAAGACGAUAAAGUGAUUGUGAAGGAUCUCGUAAAGCAGAGGAUUGCAACCAUUGGAGAAAACAUUAAAGUGAAGAGAUUCGUGAGGUACACUCUCGGAGAAGGCCUUGAGAAGAAAAGCCAGGACUUUGCUGCUGAAGUUGCUGCCCAAGCCGCAGCUAAACCAAAAGCUGUACCAGAGAAAGAACAGCCAAAAGCUGAAGAGCCCAAGGAAGCUGUUGCAAGUCCAGCAGCAACUACAGUGGUUUCAGCUGCUCUUGUGAAGCAGCUGCGUGAAGAAACAGGAGCCGGGAUGAUGGAUUGCAAGAAGGCAUUAGCGGAGACAGGAGGAGAUCUUGAGAAAGCACAAGAAUACUUAAGAAAGAAGGGUCUUUCAUCAGCAGAUAAAAAGUCAAGCAGGCUUGCAGCAGAAGGGAGAAUAGGCUCAUACAUCCACGAUUCACGGAUUGGAGUUCUGAUAGAAGUCAACUGUGAGACAGAUUUUGUCGGAAGAAGCGAAAAGUUCAAGGAAUUGGUUGAUGAUCUUGCAAUGCAAGCAGUGGCUAAUCCACAGGUGCAAUAUGUAUCCGUUGAGGAUAUUCCGGAGGAGAUUAAGCAGAAAGAAAAAGAGAUCGAGAUGCAAAGAGAGGAUCUUUUGUCGAAACCAGAGAACAUAAGGGAGAAGAUCGUUGAUGGAAGGAUCUCAAAGAGGCUUGGAGAAUGGGCAUUGCUUGAGCAGCCUUACAUUAAAGAUGAUAGUGUUCUGGUUAAGGAUCUCGUGAAGCAAACGGUGGCUACACUUGGUGAAAACAUCAAAGUCAGGAGGUUUGUCAAGUUUACUCUUGGAGAAGACAACUGAGGGAAAAAAAUAAGAAUCAAUUUUUCAAAUGAGGGAGCUCUCUUUUGUCAUGAGUUAUACAAAGCAAAGUCUUCCUUUUUUUUUGUUUUGUAGACAAAAAUCUUCAGUAAUUCACCUUUGAUUAGUUUAUAAUCAAAAAGCUGUAAUUUUUUUGUUCAUGAAAAUAUGAGAUUGUAUUUUUCCCGUUCUCUACAGAAGCCAAAUUAAGAGGAUCUUAAAUGACUAAUGACUAGUACUAAGCUAAAGGCUAAAAGCAUU